AUGAGACCAGACUGGAUUCACAGCACUCCGAAGCUACCACAACUAUCACCAAUAAGAUCUACUCACCUAUAUAGCGCCCGCAUCAACAUGAUAGCAAGAAAUAUUCCGAAAGUUACAAACUCACUCCUCAAAACUCAAUCUGUCAGGUUACUAGCCACAGAUGCUUCACCAUCGGUUACAACCACCACAACCACAACCACCACAACCACUACAAUCACACCCAACACAAUCUCUUCCACGAAGGAGACAACCACAGUAAAACAGCCAAGAAGGAAGCGUACUUUUUUCACUGACAAAUUAAACACAGGCCCAUCAUUUGAUGAUUUUGUUAGUGGUAAAGCUAAAGAUAUGCUUGAAGACCCAUUAGAAUUGGCAAGAAAAGAUCCCAACGCAAAAUUGCCAAGCUGGUUGAAAGUGCCUAUUCCUAAGGGCAAAUCCUUCCAUAAUGUGAAGAAAGAUGUUCGUGAAUUGAAAUUAUCAACUGUGUGUGAAGAAGCCAAGUGUCCAAAUAUAGGUGAAUGUUGGGGUGGUAAGAAAUCAGAAGCUACAGCAACAAUUAUGUUAUUGGGAGAUACCUGUACUCGAGGAUGUAGAUUUUGUUCAGUGAAAACAAGUCGAGCACCAGGAAAACCAGAUCCAAUGGAACCUGAAAAUACUGCUGAGGCUAUUAGUCGAUGGGGAUUAGGGUAUGUUGUGUUGACUACUGUGGAUAGAGAUGAUUUGAUUGACGGUGGUGCUCACCAUUUGAGGGAAACAGUUGAAAAGAUAAAAUUGAAAGCACCACAAAUAUUGGUUGAAGUUUUGGGAGGUGAUUUCAGAGGUGAUUUGGAAAUGGUUAAAGUAUUGGCUGGUUCCGGAUUGGAUGUGUAUGCUCACAAUAUGGAGACGGUUGAAGCUUUAACGCCACAUAUUAGAGAUAGAAGAGCUACAUAUCAACAAUCAUUAGCUGUAUUGAGGACAGCAAAGGAAACAAAACCAUCGUUAAUCACAAAGACAUCGUUAAUGUUGGGAUUUGGAGAAACCGAUGAACAAAUUAUGGCAACUUUGAGAGAUUUACGCGAGAUUGGUUGUGAUGUGGUGACAUUUGGUCAAUAUAUGAGACCCACAAAGAGACAUAUGAAGGUAGUUGAAUACGUAACACCAGAGAAAUUUGAUUAUUGGAGAGAUGUUGCUUUGGAUAUGGGCUUCCUUUAUGUUGCUAGUGGUCCAUUGGUUAGAUCCUCAUACAAGGCUGGUGAAGCAUUUAUUGAGAAUGUAUUGAAAAAGAGAAGACAUAAUGUUGGUGAAGCUCCAAGGAUGUUACAGGAAGUGAAACCAAGUAUCUUUCGUAGAUCUUAG